GAGAGAGGAGGGCCAGGUCAUGCAGGAGCAGUGGGUGGGUCAAGAGAGGCAAAGGGUGGAGGAGUGGGGAGAGGGUGAGGUUCGCUGUGAGGUGGUGGAGCAAGAUCCAGAUGAACAGAUAUACAACGGAAGACCAGAACCCAUCCUGGACCAUCACCACCAACCCUCCAUGCAAGACACGCUGCACAACCGGGAGGAAGAGGGGGAGGCAGAGAGAGAGGAGUACUGCCCUAAUGAGGAAGAAGAUGAGGACGGUGACGAGGAGGAGAGACAUGGCAGGGCUUACACAGGAGACUACUUUGCCCCAGAGGACAAUGGGAACUCAGUGCGAGUCUCCCCGUACCGUAGCCGCAAGGUGGUGGAGGGGGAGACCGGGGAGGAGGCGGAGGAGGACAUUGAUCAAAUUGUUGCGGAGAUCAAGAUGAGUAUGAGCAUGGGGAGUCUAAGCAGUGGCACUGACCAAAGCCCAGAGGAGUUGUUGCAGGACCCUGCACCAAGUGACUACCCUCACCCGAAGCCUGACGCAGCCCCCUACCCACAAGCUCACCAUCGUCAUGACAGCAGACCCAAGUCCCUGAACCUGCCCUCCAUGCACCACAAUAACCCCGACCUCCAGAGAGGCAUCAAGGCACAUGCACGCUCGCCUGAAGACAGGCAGAGAUGGACACCAGAGCAGGUGAGCAACGGUGCAGAGCAACCCAGAAAACAGCAGCGCUCCGAUCUCAACAUUCCCCUGGAGAACAACAAUGUACUAGAGCCAACAAAGAAGGUUACAUCGUUCCCCAGCUUUGUCGAUGUACCAGGACCCUGUGAACCAGAAGACCUGAUUGAUGGAAUUAUCUUUGCCGCUAACUACCUGGGCUCCACACAGCUGCUGUCUGAGAGGAACCCCUCCAAGAACAUACGCAUGAUGCAGGCCCAGGAAGCUGUCAGCAGGGUCAAGACGGUACAGAAAGCUGCCAAAAUCAAGAAAAAGGCAGGUGCAGAGGGAGAUGCUCAAACCCUCACUGAGGUGGAUCUGUUCAUCUCCACCCAGAGGAUUAAAGUCCUCAAUGCAGACUCACAGGAAACGAUGAUGGACAACGCGCUCCGUACGAUAUCCUACAUUGCUGACAUCGGGAACAUUGUGGUCCUGAUGGCGAGACGCCGGAUGCCACGCACGGCCUCCCAGGACUGCAUUGAAACUACACCCGGGGCACCCGAGGCAAAGAAGCAGUACAAGAUGAUAUGCCAUGUCUUUGAGUCCGAAGAUGCCCAGCUUAUCGCUCAGUCCAUCGGCCAGGCGUUCAGCGUAGCCUACCAGGAGUUCCUGAGAGCCAAUGGCAUCAACCCCGAGGACCUGAGUCAGAAGGAGUACAGCGAUAUCAUCAACACCCAGGAGAUGUACAAUGACGACCUCAUUCACUUCUCCAACUCUGAAAACUGCAAAGAGCUGCAGCUGGAGAAGAGUAAAGGGGAGAUCCUGGGCGUGGUGAUUGUGGAGUCUGGCUGGGGCUCCAUUCUCCCCACAGUAAUCUUAGCCAACAUGAUGAACGGCGGGCCAGCGGCUCGCUCUGGCAAGCUGAGCAUUGGAGACCAGAUCAUGUCCAUCAACAACACCAGCCUCGUGGGGCUGCCACUCGCCACCUGUCAGGGAAUCAUUAAGGGCUUGAAGAACCAGGUGCAGGUGAAAAUGAACAUCGUCAGUUGCCCUCCUGUUACCACCGUCCUCAUUAAGAGACCAGAUCUAAAGUACCAGCUGGGCUUCAGUGUCCAGAACGGCAUUAUAUGCAGUCUGAUGCGAGGAGGCAUUGCUGAGCGAGGUGGGGUCCGUGUGGGUCACAGGAUCAUAGAGAUCAAUGGUCAGAGUGUGGUGGCCACGGCACAUGAGAAGAUUGUCCAGGCCCUCUCAAACUCUGUUGGCGAGAUUCACAUGAAGACCAUGCCGGCCGCCAUGUUCAGACUUCUAACAGGACAGGAGACACCUAUGUACAUAUAA